AGAAAAAUAAAAAGCAAGAAGGAUCUUGGAUGGUGAAUGGCUCCGUCAUGAGAACAGUGGCUCUUUACCAUUUGACCAUUUAUCCAUCACAAUCACUUCCAACUUUUUAUGAGCACUGGCCAACCCCCACGCUUCCUUUAUUCUCUUCCUCCUUCCUCUCAACCUUCACUUCCUCAUCACACUCUCCCAAUGAAGAUCCAGUGCGACGUCUGCAACAAAAACGAAGCUUCCCUCUUCUGCACCGCCGACGAAGCCGCCCUCUGCGACGCCUGCGACCACCGCGUCCACCAUGCCAACAAACUCGCCUCCAAACACCAACGCUUCUCCCUUCUCCGCCCCUCCCCCAGCCAACACCCUGUGUGCGAUAUUUGCCAGGAGAAAAGAGCUUUCACGUUCUGCCAGCAAGACAGGGCGAUUCUCUGCAAAGACUGUGACGUGUCCAUUCACUCUGCCAACGAACACACCCUUAAGCACGAUAGGUUUCUUCUCACUGCUGUUAAGCUUUCUGCUUCUGCUAUGCUUAGCUCAUCGGAAGCUUCAUCUGAUUCAAACUCAACCCCUUCUUCUCUUCCUCUUUCUUCUGACGUUUCACGUCAAACAACACUACCUCCAUCUUCCACCGUCAACAAGGUCGCUGCUAUUGUAGGAACUGCUUCCACAGACGCUAUCAGUAGCAGCAUAUCGGACUACUUGAUAGAAACUCUCCCUGGCUGGCAAGUUGAGGACUUUCUAGAUUCGUAUUCUGUUCCCUUUGGUUUCUCUAAGAGUGAUGAAGUGAUGACACGGUUUGAUGGUGACGUGGAGGGGCAUGUGGGUUCGUUAUCGACUGAGAGCAUGGGGAUCUGGGUUCCUCAAGCGCCGCCACCUCUUAUGUGUUCCUCGCAGAUGGAUCGAGUGAUUAUUGGUCACGCUGAGACCAACAACGUCAAAGGUAGCAGAUCGAGGUUGAAGGAUGAUAAUUUCACUGUUCCACAGAUUAGUCCUCAAUCCAAUUCCAAGAGAGCCAGAUUUCUAUGGUAGAAACGAAACAAACGAAACAACUCUGUCUCUUUUCUUACCACCCUUCAAUCUUAUUCUGCCCUUGUUUUUCAAUUCGGUUCCGUUUGACUUUUUUUUCCCAAUUCCCUACAGGGCUGUGUUUGUAAGUUUUGAUCUAUUUGUGCACCUUUCUUCAAGUGAUUGUAAAUAUCAACCUUUCCAAAUGCAUCGUGUUUUUUACCCGUUUUCA